UCUCUAGCUUCAACGGGUAUUUUCCACUUUGUCUCUUUCUUACCAUUUCUGGCCUGCAAUUAUUUCUCACUUAUAUUUACCCUCUCCUUCUUCUUCCCUCUCACAAUCAUAUAUCUCAAAUUCUUCAUAGCUAUAUAUGGGGAUUGGGGAGCGUUAAUGGAGUGUGAUAAGUAUUUAUAAUGGCGGAAGAAUUCACGGCUGAAAGCUGUACGAAUUCGUCUUGUUCUUUGGGUUGUUUGGUUUCGUCGUGUGAGUCCAUGCAGGGGAAGAAUAGGAAGAAUAAGAAUAGGAAUAAGGAUAAGGAUAAGAAUAAGGAGAGUGGGAAUAGGCAUCCGGUUUACAGAGGGGUGCGGAUGAGGAGCUGGGGGAAAUGGGUGUCGGAGAUACGGCAGCCCAGGAAGAAGUCGAGGAUUUGGUUGGGGACGUAUCCUACGGCGGAAAUGGCGGCGCGGGCUCAUGACGUGGCGGUCGUGGCCAUCAAGGGGGACUCCACGCUCCUCAAUUUCCCUCACCUCCUCGGUUCGUUGCCACGCGCCGCUUCCGCUUCCCCCGGCGACGUUCAGGCGGCGGCCGCCAAGGCCGCCGCCAUGGAGGAGCUCAACCCUCUUUCCUCCUCCGCCGCCGAGGCGUCGGCGUCGGCUACAACUUCAGCGGCGUCGGAUGACCUGGGCGAGAUAAUUCAGCUUCCGAAUCUCGACGAGGAGGGGAGCUUUGACUCGUCGGAGCCCAAGGCGGCCGUUGACCGGUGGGUGUAUCCGCCGUGGUGGUUGCCGGACGAUGAUCUCUGCGCUCACUUUCUUAACGAACCGGCGGGUGGCGAGACUGUGAAUCCGGCCAGCUUUGAGACACUCAACUGGGCUGCUCACUAAUCACAUCAAUCAAAUCGUGUUUAAAAUGUUUUAAUCUCUUUUAAAUAUUUCCUUUUUAUAAAAAUAUAUUACUUUAAUGUUUUAAUCUCCAGACUCCAGAGUCCAGUCCAUCUUAUAUUCUUAUUUAUCUUUUUUUUUUUUUUCAUGUCUAAUAAAUAUUUAUCAGCACGAUAAAUACAAAUAAA